UGACACACACAUACACACACACACACACACACACACACACACACAAAAAAAAACACACACACACACACACACACACACACACACACACACACACACACACACACACACACACACUGUAGCUGUCGUGUCUGUUUGUACCUCGGAAGCUGCAGGAAAAACACACCUGCGGUAGAAAUGUUGAGGAAAUCUCUGGUGAACCUCGGACUGCGGGUGAACCGGCAGCAGCACGCCGGGAUUCAGAGGGGGAAAGCCGGACUGAAUGCGGGGAAUCAUGCGGGCAUCCACCGCCGUGACGCAGCCACCACCACCACAGUGAUAAAUGACUCCAUGAAACAGAAAACUAUGGAUGAUUUAGGCGGACCGAGUUUCAUGACUACUCUAAACUGGAUGUUUGUAAAGGGGUAUUUCAAAAAGGCGCAACAACUGCAGAUUGAGCACAGGAGGAUCUAUGGCCCUCUGUGGAAGUCAAAGUACGGGCCUCUGGUCGUGGUGAACGUGGCGUCCGCAGAGCUGAUCGAGCAGGUUCUGAGGCAGGAGGGGAGGCACCCGGUCCGCACAGACAUGCCCCACUGGAGGAGAUACAGGGAGAUCAGGAACCAGGCCCACGGACCCCUGACAGAAAUGGGGGCCAAGUGGCAGCGCAUCCGCAGCAUCCUGAAUCCUCGGAUGUUGAAGCCCAAACACGUCUCUUCCUACACGAACACCGUCAACGAUGUGGUGACGGACUUCAUCCACAGAGUGGCCUGGCUCAGGGAGACAAACGGUGGCGGAGUGAUGGUCAACGACCUGACGGAGGAACUCUACAAAUUUGCUUUUGAAGGUAUCUGUUCAGUGUUGUUUGAGACUCGUAUGGGCUGCAUGGAAGAGGUAGUGCCGGAGGAAACCCAAAAGUUCAUCAUCUCCGUGGGAGAAAUGUUUCGUCUCUCCAGCAUCAUCAUCCUCUUCCCAAAGAGCACCUGGCCCUACAUCACCUUCUGGAAACAGUUUGUGGCUGCCUGGGAUCACCUCUUCAAAAUCUCUGAGGAGCUGGUGCAGAAGAAGAUGGAGCAGAUCCAGCAACAGGUGCACCUGAAGCAGCAGGUGGAGGGAGCGUACCUCACACACCUGCUGCUCAGCGACCAGAUGACCGUCACCGAGAUCCUGGGCAGCAUCACCGAGCUCCUGCUGGCAGGAGUCGACACCACCUCCAACACUAUCUCGUGGUCUCUGUACCAGUUGGCAAAGAUACCAGAGAUCCAGGAACAGCUGUACCAGGAAGUGAUCAGUGUGUGUCCCGGGGACAAGGUGCCAACCAGUGAAGACAUCGCCCACAUGCCGUACCUGAAGGCCAUCAUCAGAGAGACGCUACGGUUGUAUCCGGUGGUUCCAGGAAACGCCCGAGUCACUGUUGAAAGUGAGAUUGUGGUCGGAGAUCAUCUCUUCCCCAAAAACACGCUGUUCCACCUGUGCCACUACGCUGUCUCGUACGAUGAGAACGUUUUCCCCGACCCUCACUCCUUCCUGCCCGACCGCUGGCUGCGAGGAGCGGAUGAGAGGACCAAGCAGCAUCCGUUCGGGUCGGUGCCGUUCGGCUUCGGGAUCCGGGCGUGCCUGGGCAGACGGGUGGCCGAGCUGGAGAUGUAUCUGCUCCUCUCCAGGUUGAUAAAGCAGUACGAGGUGCGUCCGGAUCCUGCAGGAACCACGGUGGAGCCGAUCACCAGGACCCUGCUCUGCCCGGCCAAACCCAUAAACCUGCAGUUUGUGGACCGACCCCGAGCGGGGGUUUCUGUCUGAGCUGGUUUAGUAUUCACACCGUGUUCCCCGCCUGUUACCGAGCACUUGUUUUUAGAGCGUUCACAUCAUGAGGGCCGGCUGGAAGGCACCACAAAUCAAACUGGAUUCAGUUGUAGUCUUUUGUCUGGUCAGGAUUAACCUUUCCUCUAGUUCUUAUCUUGUUUAAGUUUUAAGUUUAAGUCCCACAAAUUUCAUUUUUUAUCUUGGAAGAUAAAAGGAGAUUGUCGUUUAACACAAUAAUGGUUUAGCCUUGAUCACGUGUCCAAGAUUUUAGAAAUGUAUUAAAUAAUGCCAUGUCUCCUAGGAUGCUUUCUGUGUGUUUGCAUUUGCUCCUCAGGUUUAUUGCGUGUUUCGGCUAGUUUUCCCAACUCCAAAAUACAAACCUGUAAGUACUCAGAUCCUUUACUUAAGUAAAAGUACAAAUGCUAUGGUCUUAAAAUACCCCACUACAAGUCCUGAUUUCAAAAUGUUACUUUAGUACAGUAUGAUAUAUACUUAAAGUACCAAAAGUAAAAUGACUCACUCACUGGCCCUAAAUGUACUUCAAAUAUCAAAAGUAAAAGUAGUCGUUAGGCAGUGUGGAUCUUAUCACGGUAUUUUAUUAUUGUGGAUAUUAUUUUAUCCAGUUGUUACACCUGUAAGCGUAUUGUAGUUUGUCACUGUGGACAAAGUAACUACAUUAAAAUAAAUGGAGUAAAAACUUUGAUAUUUGCAGUAGUAGAAGUAGCAUUAAAAAGAACUAAAGUACAAAUAAAUCAAAUAAUACUCGAGUAAAUGUACUCAGUUACUUUCCACCACUGCCUUUAGGACAAGUCUUUGUGUUUUAUGUUUUCUCACUGUCACAAAUCCCAGGACGUGUAAACUGCCCCCCAACCCAACAAUCAAAAGUUCCUCUUUAGGAUACGAUAAUAUAAAAUGGACCUUUAUGAAUCCCUGUAGGGAAAAGCACGUGUCAGAUAAGAGUAAAUAAAACAAGAGUACGAAGAAAACCAACAACAAUAAGAUUUGGUAAAACACAGAGUAUCUGAAUUCACAUAUAUACAGCUAUGAUUGUAGAUAAUUAUGAAUUCAUAUGGAUAAAUAUAUAUGUGCAGGUGUUUUGUACAUACAGUGCAGGUUAUUGUUUUUUUUAAAGUAAUUCUGUGUCGUUUUAUAGUCAAUCUUUGCACAAUUUUUAAUAAUUGACCAUCUAUUUUUCAACAUUUUACGUUUUUAUGCAGUUGUUUUGCAUCUCUGUGAUUUCAUUGAUCUAUUCUGUGAAAAUGUUUUUACAUGAUUUUCUUCUUGUUGUCGACCGAUGGCCUUUUGUUGUAAAUGUUCCAAUACAAUCUAUGCCUUUUCAUUAAUACUAGUAUUAGUUUUUGUCAUUCAUGUUCACAUCUUAGAUGUAGGCAACACUACAGCUGUGGUUGGACAACAUGUAUCAGAACAUUGUUCCCACAUACAUUAACACAUAAUGUUAAUUAAAUACUCUUCCAUGAGCUACAUGUAUUAUCUGACACAUAAAAGCUUUCAUUAUAAAACAAA